UAACCUCGGCGCCAUGUCGCUCACCCCAAUCCACGACGAGUGACCUCGCAAUCACUCGCAUACUCGUAGAGAACGCGCGUUUCUAUUCUCCGUAAUACGUGUAUUUUUCCUCUCCGCGUACCCGGCGUGCGUGAGUUCGCAGGCGUAGUUGCGCGGUCGCAAUUCGAUCGGUUCCGUCGCGUCCACCUGAUGUAUCACGACGUGUCGCGUAACCCGACGACGAACGGUUAACGUAACGACGCGACCGCGUCAAACUCGGUCCAUCGUCGUCGGUGUGUCCUCGGUGUGUUUCGAUAGGUGUGCGAAAGGAUUUUUCUUCUCCCCACCCCACGAUCGACGGAAGUGGUGUACCCUUGUGGUCUGUUUUUCACUGUGCAGGUUCGGUGACGGGGCUGGAAAGCGUGGGCCAGUAGUCGUAAUAGUGCCGUGUGUCGGGUCCACGUCCGACUUAUCUCCGUCCGUCGCUGCGGCACGCAAACGAGAACGACACCCGGAUAGAUAUAGGCGUAGCAGUGAUAAUAAUAUAUUCGUACAGUGCUGCCGGAUGGUUUGAGUGUUGAAAGUGACCUCGCCGGAUACCGGAAGUGAAGUCCCGCCUCUGAAAUGGCUUGGUGAAGACAAAUCUGCAGCUGAUCGCUGAGCAGCUUGCCCGCCGAGACCGCGGUUAUUAUGCACGGGAUAGACGAUAACCGGCAUCGUUGCCCCCUGCAGCAUUGAAGAACGAAGAUGGAAGAGGGUCAGCUGUUGCUGACCGAAUUACCGGCUCUCCCGCCCCUGAGAGGCUCGACGGUAUUGCACAGGCCUCAAUACUAUCCGCUCCACCAACCCCACCUCGCCCUCUCGACCCCUCACAGUCAGACGAUACAGCACACCCCCUCGAACCCACCCCACUACGGCAACGGGGCGACGAAUCUUACGACCAACCACCAGGGAAUACCGAGGCAGCUCCCUCCGAUCCCGAGGGGAAACUCCGCGGCGAGUACCCACGUGUCCAGCCUCUAUCCCGAGAUCCUUGCCCUGAUAUUCAGCUACCUCGACGUCAGGGACAAGGGACGAGCGGCCCAAGUAUGCGCGGCGUGGAGGGACGCCGCCUAUCACAGGUCCGUAUGGAGAGGCGUCGAGGCCAGGCUGCACUUGAGGAGGUCGUCGCCGGCACUCUUCGCCAGCCUCGUUCGCCGCGGGGUUAAGCGGGUCCAGGUCCUCUCCCUGAGGCGUUCCCUCCGCGACGUAGUCCAGGGGGUGCCGAACCUCGAGUCGCUCAACCUUUCCGGAUGUUACAACGUGACGGACGUCGGUCUGGCUCACGCGUUGAUCCAGGAACUGCCAUCGCUCACGGAGCUCAAUCUGUCCCUGUGCAAACAGGUGACCGACACGUCGUUGGGGAGGAUCGCGCAGUACCUGAAGAAUCUCGAGGUUCUCGAGCUCGGCGGGUGCUGCAACGUCACCAACACCGGACUCCUCCUGAUCGCGUGGGGCCUCAAGAAACUCAAGAAACUCGACCUCCGGAGCUGCUGGCACGUGAUGGACCAGGGCAUCGCCCAUCUGGCAGGUCUGAACCGUGACACAGCCGACGGCAACCUGGCCCUCGAACACCUCGGGCUCCAGGACUGCCAACGGCUCAGCGACGAGGCACUGAGGCACGUCUCCGUCGGCCUUACAACCCUCAAGUCCAUCAACCUGUCCUUCUGCGUGUCCGUGACGGACUUGGGACUGAAACACCUCGCGAAGAUGCCGAGCUUGAGGGAGCUGAACCUCAGGUCCUGCGACAACGUAACGGACAUCGGCAUGGCGUAUCUGGCCGAGGGCAGCAGCAGAAUCUCAUCCCUCGACGUCUCGUUUUGCGACAAAAUCGGGGACCAGGCUUUGGUUCAUAUUUCUCAGGGCCUUUUCAACCUCAGGUCCCUGUCCCUAUCCGCCUGUCAAGUUAGCGACGAGGGAAUCUGCAAGAUUGCCAAAACCCUCCACGAACUUGAAACCCUUAACGUUGGCCAGUGCAGCAGGCUCACGGACAAAGGACUCACCACCAUUGCCGAGAGCAUGAAACAUCUGAAAUGCAUCGAUUUAUACGGUUGUACGAGGAUCACGAAAACCGGAUUAGAAAGGAUUAUGGAAUUGCCUCAGCUAAGUAUAUUAAACCUUGGACUAUGGCAUCUGCGGUGAUGGCAUUCCCAAAUGAACACUAGUGUCUAAAAGGAACAUUUCGCUUAAGGUUAACACACGUUCGUUGAAGGGUAAAACGAAAACGGAACGAACAAACAAGACAAAGAAAGGAUACGAAGCACCUUCGACUUGCAUCGUGAUUAUUAUCAAUUAAUUAUAUUUUUUAUUGUUAUCAAAAACUAUUACCUACCUGCUAUCGUAACCAUUAUUGGACUGUUAGAAGCGCGUAACGGUCACAUGUAUACUAGUUUCCAUUGAACCAACACCGGAAUUUCUCGUUACGCAUACACGAUAGACGAAACGAUGAAGAAUAGUAUAAUAUUAAAUAGUUGCUCUGCAAACAAAGAAAGACAGAAACGGUGAAUCACGGUACCUAUCACUCUGUCAUGACUCCUUAUCGAGGCACCGCACACAAUAUCGCAAAGAGACACCGACGUUUUCUUCUGUUAUUAUAAUCCAAGUACGCGUAUGUGUGUGUGUGUGUGUGCAUAUAUAUACAUAUAUAUAUACACGUGUAUAUAUAAAGAAAAAUACCUCUUCACACUCACACGCUCCGCCGUGCAAGGAACAAGAACUCUCUCUACGUAUUUUGCCUCGAAUUUCAACGUGCAAUGAGUGUCUGUCCCCCUCCCCCACUUUCUCUCUCUCUCUCUCUCUCUCUCUCGCUCCAUCCGGAUAGCUGCGAGUGAACGUAUCAUACCAACCAUAGCUCUGAACAAACUUACGAUAUGCACCUACAUAGGUUCACAGGCAUAUCCGUAUACGUACAUAGAAGGCAUGACACACGCGAAAACAUUGAUGGUUGCGCGCCUACGUCCUCAUCGUACAUCUCCAACCACCCCAGUAAUGUAUAAAUAUGUAUAGCUUGAACACUAGGUUCAUCACGCAUGAGUGUAUAUAUACAUAUAAUAUAUAUAUAUAUAUAUAUAUAUACACGUAUGCGUGUGUGUUUGCAUGCAUGCUCGCUCGCGCGCGCGCGGUUGUGUGCAUUUGCGCCGAAGCUACAUACGACGCGUAACCACAUUUACGUGGAGAGAAAUAGCUGCGUGCAUGCAUACGUGUACGCCGGCGAUACGUAGGAGGAGGAACGAUAUUGUGAAAUCGAUUCGACUGUGUCGUACGUCCGUACGUACACUCCACCCACGCUUUAAGCAGUUUUGCCACGUUGGCAUCGCGACCAAAACUCUCCGACAUUCUCCUCUUGUUCCACCUUCGACACCAGUCAGCAUCGCCAUCGUCAAUUGCAGCGAACCGUCGCCGCUCAAGGGUCGAGAAAUAAAAAUGUAAUACAUAGAUCGAACUUGGUUUCCAGGGAUUAUUCGAUAUACCCGACAAGUCCGAGUUGACGCGGUAGAUAGUUAGACUCGUCAGCCUUUGGUUAACAGCAACAAGCUUACACUUGUUAUGCCCAAAAGAUUUACCGACACUUCGAGCCGUGGUUGAAGCAUGGUUGAACGACUCUAACCAUCUGCUAGACGUGCGUUUUCAUGCUGAUGUUCUUUCAUACGCGAUAACCCGACUUUGGACUCGUCUUGGUGUAUUAAAUCAUGCGGGAGGGUUGUGACGUCAUAUAAUACGCGGGCUUUUACGUUACGUUAAGGCUGCAUUAGAUACCCGUUGAAGAUAACAUCGUCGGUAAAACAUUAUCAAGUUAGGUAUAAUCUUAGAGCGAUAAAGAAUCGAGUGAUAUAUGUCCGAAAUUCAGAUAUUCAGCACCAAGUUAGCUACAAUAAUAAUUUCGAAACAUUUUCUGGAACAUGGCGGGUUUUUAAAAUUUCACUAUCGUGUCAACGAAGAAAUGGAAACGGUGUUUGGUAGAGGGUAAACCGUAACGGAUUAACGGUGCUGCCCUGCGGUGUGGACCAUUGUAUAAUCUCAGAUAUCGAAAACAGCACAAUGCCCAAACCCUCGCACGCAAAUGCAUAGGGUUUUCUACCGCGUAGGAUAUGAACGCUUAUCCGAGUGAUACAUGUUCUCCGAAAUUCCGCGUACCGGGAGUCUUUUUCAGAAUUCAAUAUUUUCACCCAAUUCCAGACCCUAAGUCUUCCACCUAAGUAUUUAAAUUCAAACAACCAACAUCUAUGGUGCUGAUCAAUUUGAUCAAAAAAAAUAAAUAAAUAAAAAUCCGUCUUCAAAUAUACCGAAUUCUCUGUCGUUAUACAAGGAAACCAUCCGAAAGUGUUUUGAAAAUACUAUCAUAUCAUUAACAUACCCACGGGGUGCUCUCUACAGCACAAUUGAAAUUAUCGCUGACAAUUAUGACAAAAUAUUGAAACUGCACGUGUUUUGAAGUUCUCAUCAGCUGCCAGAGAUGUGGAACUCUGACAAAAGUUGACGUACGCUUAAAUAAUUUGUUUUUGCUUUCGUAACGGUGAAUUGACGACUUAAGGAAGAUAGCAACGGAUGCAAUAGUGGUAAAUAAAAUAGUAAAUCGACGAAUUUAUAGUUUACGAAAGAUAAGUAAUCGUGGAUUUUGAUCGCGUAUUGCAGAGUCGCGGUGCCGGACGGACACACGUGCGUUCCUGUACCUCGUGUUUACAUGCAUACGUGUGUGCGUGAGUUCGUAUGUGUGUAUGUAUAUGUUUACAUGCGUACCCAGGCGUGAAGUAGAAACGAAGAAGGCAACGGCUCUUACCCAUCGCGUCAAUGCUACAGCAAGGUGUUAGGUACUGUUGCGUUAGCUGUACACACAUGCAUAUAUUUAAUGCGCACGUCUCUAUCACGUGUGUGCGUAGGGUACACGUGUCAUUUCCGAAUCGGCAUUCGAGUACAACCAAGUUUUCGAAUUAAUAUCAAGCUCGGCAUGCCUGAAGUACGAUUUGAAUAAGGUUUAUGGGUUCAUCCGUUUGUAGGAGGAGUGAGAGGAAAGGAAAUAGGGAAGAAGGCUCAGAACUGAAACGGUUAGACAAGACCGAAAAUGGGAAAAUCGGGUUGACAAAUGUCCGAUAAAGCCACGUCCAGCCUUCUGCAGACUCGUCUGAAGAUGGUGCUUCAAUAUUUACAAACACUUCUCAUGCUCGUAUUCUCGUAUUUUCGUUAUCCAAUUGGGUCCAUUCUUCCCUUGUAUUAUUUCCAAGCAAAAGAAAAAAUGAAAAACGUAUGUAUCGCGGCUAAAUUGAAAAAAAUAAGGACAGUGAAAACUUUUCCGAGCGACUGUACUGGAAGCAGAGUAUGUAGUAUAUAUCUAAGGGACCCGUCGUCCCAAGUCGAGCCGAAGGGCACCGGGCCAAAGAAGGGCUUGCAACAGCCAGCCUCUGUUGGAAGUUCCGAGGAGAACCUGAAUUUCAGCCGGGCUCGAUACGCGUAUAACGCGUAACAUACACACGCACGCACACCGACGGAAUACGUGCCCGUCUACCUGGAUACCCGCCAGCGCUCGGGCCCUAAAAACCCGAAUCUUGGGGCCCCGCGCGUCUCUGCACGACGCGAAUAUAAAAAUAAAACUGGAAAUACAGGCUCGCCUUAUUCCUUCGGAGAGGCAAAAAUUCUUUUCCCAUACGGGUAGAUAUCUAUUCGUUUAGUACGGUAUUAUUCUGACGGAAUUAGACGUGGUUGUACGUACGGAAAAAAAACGUUUACGCAUAUUUUUCAUGUUAGUGGCUUUGCGGAAUAACCGGUAAAAUAUUUUUCCUCGAAUCCACUAGCAAUGACCGGUAACAAUACACUGUCAAGGAAAUUUAAUUGACUCUUUCGUUCCAACUUAUCUUUGGUCUUGGAUUUUCUACAUCCGCCCCUUUUAUUCCUCCAAUAACAAAGAAAAAAAAAAAGAUGCGUUCGAUGAAUGGGAUAAACGGAAUGAAAAAAGUUGGAAAAACCUGAAUUUCGAACCAAUUUUUUAAAUAACAUUCAAGAGACGCGAACAUUUGACUAAAUAUUGUUUCAAUCGCCGUCGGUGUACGCAGGCGAAACCCUCGGACAAUAAUUGCCGAUGAGGAUUAAUACAAGAAAAAUUGCUCGAAGGUGGAAAGAGUGGAUGAAGCCGAUGACUACUUCACACGAGUGUCUGGAUAAUGAUAAUCGAAGGUUGCGCCUCGAAGAAAUCAGCACCUGUGCGAUAAUUUAACGUGUUAUAUUUCCGAUCCGUUUUCCCCUGUCGCGAUAAUUUUUUUCUAAUCGUUUCUACUUUCGGUCGAUUUAUGAGUUACACCUUUGUUUACCCAUAACAUCAACUGUCAUAAUACACAGACGGCGUCGAAACCUGGUCACUUACUUACCAGCUCCUUCCAUGUUCAUAAACAUAAAUCUUACUACAACGGAACACGCGUAAUUCUCUCGCCUCCAUUUUCGUGACGUAUAUAAUCACGUACGUGAAGCAAAAUCCCUCACUGUAUCGGGACGCGACGCCAUUGUACAAAUGCUCAGGUUCUUGCGUUCUCCAAGUUUCUUCGUUAUAAAAACUUUUCCCCGUGCCUAUGGUCUCCGUUUUUCCGGAGGCGAAGCGUCCGCUCCAACAACUCCCGUUCUUUUUUUCUCUCUUUUCAGCUCUGACGCGCCGCCCUCGCCUCAUUUUUUUUUUUUUUUUUUUUUCUACGAAAUUCCACCAGGAAUUUUACCAGAUUGAAAUUUUUCUAUAUACAAUUCUCGACCAUUCCCCCCGCGCAACAGAAGAGAAUUCACUGGUAUUGAAUUAAUUCGAUACGCAAAUUUGAGAAAAAUAAACAUUUUGGAAUGAAUCAUUUCUAUAAGAAUUCUCAACCGUUAACUUUACGCGAUCCAAGUGAAUUUUGAGAUUUUGGACUUUCAUUGAAGAUAAAAUCGUUAUACAAAAUCCAUGCUUGCUAUCAUUUUGUUUGGCGGACGUGCCAAAGAUGAUCGUUUUUACGAAGUCUGAAGUUUCAAUUUUGUAUCAUCGAAUCAAUUCUUCUGUAAAUUAUUUCAAAUUUUUUGAGUGAAAUUUCCUUCGCGGUGGUAACUAUAGAACGUUGUGAACGUAAUGUUUUGAAACACUCUGUUAUGCACCGCGAUACUACGAAACCCUCAAACGCCCCCCUAUCAUCGGUCAUUCCUCUGUGCGAAUCUUCGCGCCGCCCCUCCAUUGUGCCCGAACGCAAAAACUGAGUAGGUGAAACCAAGAUAUUCCAAGCCUACCAACACGUGAAUCUGAACGACCCUUUUUGCAUUAUAGUUUCAAUUUUGAAAACAUUUUGACGUUAUCGAUCAACGACCAUAUCCGGUCCAUUCAUUCACUCCUAAACCCUUGAUCGCACGGUAAUAUGAGCCCACAGUUCACUUUCGACAAUAACGAAAAUUGUCUAGGAACAGGGAUGAAUAAAAAUACCCGCAUCCCCUCGCUUUCGAUUUCGCACGAUGAAGGAAAAGAAAACAAAAUCAAAGAAAAAAAGUUAAUAAAACGUAAAAUACGAAGGGAAACGACA